GCCGUGGGCCUCUCGGUUAACGAGCUUCGGGGGUUGCGGCGGGUUAGUGACAGGCGCGCUUGGCAGUCGCCUGUGCCGCUUUGCUUGGGACCACUCGAACUGGCGCCCGGAAGACGUGAUUUUCAAAGCUAAUUAUGAAAACAUUUGUCAUUGGAAUCGGUGGUGUGACAAAUGGUGGGAAGACAACACUGGCUAAGAAUUUGCAGAAACGCCUUCCAAACUGCAGUAUCAUAUCUCAGGAUAAUUUCUUUAAGCCAGAGUCUGAGAUAGAGACAGAUGAAAAUGGAUUUCUUCAGUAUGAUAUGCUUGAAGCACUUAACAUGGAGGAGAUGAUGUCCGCCAUUUCCCGCUGGAUGGAAAGCGCAGCACACCCUCUGGCAUCAAGGGACAGGGGAAACGCUGAGGAAAUUCCCAUCUUAAUUAUCGAAGGCUUCCUUCUCUAUAAUUAUAAGCCCCUUGACACUAUAUGGAAUAGAAGCUAUUUUCUGACCAUUCCGUAUGAAGAAUGUAAGAGGAGGAGGAGUACAAGGAUCUACGAGCCUCCAGACACCCCAGGGUACUUUGAGGGCCACGUGUGGCCCAUGUAUCUAAAGCACAGAAAAGAAAUGGAGAACAUCUCAUGGGAAAUCGUUUACCUAGAUGGAACAAAAUCUGAAGAGGACCUCUUUUCACAAGUGUAUGAAGACCUAAUACAAGAACUAGCAAAGCAAAAGUGUCUGCAAGUGACAGCGUAGAGUUGGAAUGCACUGAAUCCUUCCUGGAGUGAAUUAGGAAAUUCAAAGGAAGCUAUGCAAGAACCUUAACCAAGAUACAAUGUGUACUUCGGUAUGAUGACAGCCUGUUGUUUCGUUUAUUUGCUUCUCUGUUUGUUCUAUCACACAUGAUUUCCUUAACACAUGGAAAAGUAAGUAGUUAUCCAUGACAAUGGACAGGAAUUUACUUUAACUUUGUUCUCACUCCAGGAAGUACAAGACACAGCAUAGCUCACAAAGAGUGAGUCAGUUUCUCUAGACCAGUGAUUGUCAAACUCUUCUGAAUGGGACCCGGAGUAAGGAAUAAGAUAUAGAUCACAAUCCAGUAUAUAUGUAAUCUAUUGAUGUGUGUGUUUGUGUGUAUGUAUCUAUAUGUGUUGCAUGUAUCAUAUCAAGAAUUAUAAAAUAUUUACCUCACAUACAAUGUACUCUUGAUAUUUCUCUAUUUUUAAUUUUUUAAAAAUAUUGGUUACCAUCCCAUACCAAUGCCCACCUCCUGCAAAUAAAGGGAUUACCAGGAGUAGUCAUAUUGGUAAUCAUAUUGAAUAAAUCAACAAUUUGCCAACAGUAUCUUUUUUGUGUUUUGUCCUUGUUGCCGCUGUUACUGUUUUUUAUAUGUGUCUGAAACCACUGAAUCAUUUGUGUCACUUAUGUUGAGACUUUGUUACAAAUAAGGUUUUUAUGUGCAUGUUUUAUUUUGUUUUUGUCAAACCAUUGGUCUAAAAUAGCAGAAAUAAGUUACAGUUACUUCAGUGAUAUGUAAUACAGGGGAGCUUUCAUUGAAAAACACAACAGGAGAUCUGUAUAAUCGUAUCAUUUUUUUGAGGCCUUAUUCAAUGCUGGAAGUUAAAUUAGUGAUCAACUUGUUAUUUAUUAAUAAUAGAUUGCUCACACCCUCUCAGUCCUUACAAAUAUAAAAUAUAUUCUUACAUUAACUUUAAACAUUCUCUACAGACUCAUCUGAUCAGCACUCAGAACUUAGAAAUUUGUAACUAGCUUACACUCACCAAUGACUAGGGGGUUUUUUGGUCACACACACUGAAAAAAAAAAAAAAAUCUGGGCUCAAAUUAAGUUCAUCCUUUUAAUAGCUAUAUGUCUUUGAUCAAACCAUUUAAAGUCUAUACUUCCUCUUUAUAAGAAGGGGAUAUCAACAGUGCUUAGUGUGGGUUUAGUGGAGAGUAAGGAUAAAGUUCACAAUCCUUCAUAUGGCCCCCAAGACAUUCCCUGAUCUAGCUUAUGAGUGCCUCUCUACCCUCAU